CCAGCCUGGGCGACAGAAUGAGACUCUGUCUCGAACAAAACAAAACAAAACAAAACAAAACAAAAAAGUUUUACCUACUCUUGCAAUACUCAUUCAAUAAGACAGAUGUGAAAAUUUUAUCUGAAUUCUUGUAGAUGGGCUAAAAUCUACAUAAAUAUUCCUUACCACAUGUAGAUUCUUUUGAAAUGAAAAUAUUUAACAGACCUGAAACUUUGCAAUGCCUCAAAAGCACUCAACUUUUCAAAAACAAACAGAAAUAUUAGCCACAGGUCAUAAGGCAUUACAAAUAUGCAACACAAAAAAGCUGCACAUUUCAUUCCACUAGAUAUGUCCUGAGAUAUAAAUCUACAUAAAAUGUUUUAUAGUCAUUUAAAAACUACAUCAGAAAAAAAUUAUAUCAGAAAACAUUAAGCACUCACCACUCAUUUUCCCUAUUCUUCUGUCCAGUUAGCCAUAUUAAUCCAAAAUAACAAUCCAGUAACUAAAAACAAAUACUUCAACUAAACACUAAAGACUGAAAAAAAAAAAAAUCACAUGGCAGUAGAGAGGUCAGACCUUCUGGGAUAUAACCACCUUUUUUUCUGAGAUGUUUCAUCACUCAAAACUAUAAACUAUGAAUAAAGACAGUUUCUUCUGUCAACCCCUUAACUCCCAAAUUCACUAUUUUAGGACCCACAGUUAGUGACUCUGCUAAGAACAUACCAUGCUCUUUGCUACAUUAUUACCUCUGCACAUGAAAUGUCCUAAUUCUGAAGAAGCUGCAUUCAGUCAACUACACAUCUCUCAGUCACCAUCUCUCCCCUCCCUACUUCGGAACUUUCCAGGGCCUGCCCAACUAUCCACUUCCUCUACCCAGCCAUAGUUCAUUGUUCUGGCUUGGUGUUUCCACACGAUGCAAGACACCAAACUGAAUUUUAAAUGAUUUUUAAAACUGCUCUCUUAUUCUGCUUCCCUGAUCAUGUUCUUACUCUGCUUAAAACCCUUUAGUAAUCUUCACACAGAAGAGAAGUGCUUUUCAAAUUACCAGUUGCUACCACAGCGUCAUUAAAUAAAUUGAGUGGGUCACCAUCAUCAGUCUAUCUUAAAAAUAAAAUAGAAUGGAACACAAUAGAAACUACCAGAGUGCACCACACAAAGCAAGGGUAUUAUGUAGUGACAUUUUAUCAUUUAUAUACAAGCAUAUUGGGUUGCAAUGUAAAGAUGCUUAUCUUUCCAAAGGGUCACAGCCAAAAAAACCUCUAAACACACUAGACUACAGGAUAAUCCAAUCUUUCAUUUGAUCUACAUGGCUCUCCAACCCAGCCCCUGCGUAAUAAGGCUCUAGACCUAUCUCUUGCUACACCAAAGGGAGCUGGCUCAAGCAAACAAGCUUGUCAUGCCAAACUCAUUUGCAGUUCCUCGUUUUAGUGGUGUCAAUCACUGUUCCCUCUGCCUUGAAUGCCCUCUAAUUUUUCUAAGAGGCUCACUUGUACUCAUCUUUCAGUAUUUAACACCUAUCACCUCCUCUACAAAGCCUUUUUAUCCUUCCCUCAGCAGCUAAUGCCCCAAUACCCACUUUGUGUCUCCACAAUGCCCUAUAUUAUAGCUCCUACAAAAUUUCAUUGCACAUUUUAAUUUUAGGCUUGACUGUCUUCCCAACUUCUAAAGUAUAAACUCACUAAGGGAAGGAGUACAUUGUACUAGCCUUCCUAUCGGCAGCACUGAGCUAAGUACGUGCACUAUAACAUAGGUUCGAAGUUGGUAAAAAGAACAAAUGAAGAAUUAAGGACUUGCAUCUAACUUGUCUGUUGUCAGAAAUGAUAGGGUGGUUAUCUUUGCAAUAAAACCCCUUCAUAGUGCUGGAAUCAAGAUUUUCACAUUUUUGCUACAACCCCUAGAGAGCAGAACGCUGCAGUUUGAGGCAGAAGGAGGUGUCAGCUUCCUGUCUUUCAGCAAAGAGACUCAGUUUGGGCUGCAAUGUAGCAGCACUCAUUUCCACUCUUCCAGAAGUUACCUGGGGAAAGAGGCCGAGGAAGGACUCCAGAAGUUCCCACAGGCAGGCACUUCAGGAGCCGUGGCUUAAGGUGCAAACAUGACCAAGACCAACAACCACACCACACACAACCAGUCCCGAAAAUGGCACAGAAAUGGUAUCAAGAAAUCCCAAUCACAAAGAUACGAAUCUCUUAAGGGGGUGGACCCCAAGUUCCUGAGGAACAUGCGCUUUGCCAAGAAACACAACAAGAAGGGCCUAAAAAAGAUGCAGGCUAACAGUGCCAAGGCCAUGAGUACAUGUGCCAAGGUUAUCAAGGCCCUCAUAAAGCCCAAGGAGGUUAAGCCCAAGAUCCCAAAGGGUGUCAUCUGCAAGCUCAAUCAACUUGACUACAUUGCCCACCCCAAGCCUGGGAAGCAUGGUCAUGCCCGCACUGCCAAGGGGCUCAGGCUGUCCUGGCCAAAGGACAAGGACAAGGAUAAAACCAAGGCCCAGGCUGCAGCUCCAGCUUCAGUUCCAGCUAAGGCUCCCAAAGGUGCCCAGGCCCCUACAAAGGCUUCAGAUUAGAUAUCUGUCUGCCAACGUGAGGACAGGACUGGUGCAACCCCCAACCAGGCUGCCACCUGCAUGGGGCUGGGGUCCUCCUGUGCUAUUUGUACAAAUGAACCUGAAGCAGGAAAAAAAAAAUUCAGCCUAAGCUUCCCUUGGUAAAAUGACAGGCAUUCAUGCAGCUUAAAGGUUGUGGAAAACUGAUUUUCUUCCAUGAUGCUACUACUCCACAGUCUAGACAAAAUGCAGCCAUCAACAUGAAAAACUGCUGCUUGAUUUUUUUUUUCCUCCAACAUGUUUUAAACAGAGCUGCAGAUGCUCAAGGGAAGCCAUAUUUCUAAGGUUUUGAACAGUAGUAUUUUUCAGUAUUUUUCUCAUGUAAAAUUGGUGCAAUUCAUCCAGAACAUUUUUCAAAUGCCAUUAUUUUUCAGCGUUAAGUGCUUAAACUGCUUAGAGAGAAAAAGGUCUCAUCAGAAAGAUCGACUUCCAGAAACCAACUAGUGAUCAUUAAAAUGAGGAGAAUAAAAAGAAAAUAAUUCAUUUUUUACAGUUUGAAGAAAUCUUUAAGUCAUCUCUAAUUCCUUCAUUUUACAGAUAAGAAAUAAGAGUCCACAGAGGUUAAGCAAUUUGCCUCAGAUCGCUAAGCUACUAAUAGCAGCGCUAGAAAUAGAAUGAGGCAUUUUAAUUACUCUUAGCAGUACCCCCAAAUCAUGCAAGUUAUAUAUACUCUCAUCACUUGUCAUUCAAGUUUUUAAAACCAUUAUCACUUUGUCAUUAAUUUCUGAGGAAAGUCUCCUACAACAUGUUCUAAAUUUUCAAAGUUAUGCAUAUUAAACUUCAAAUUCUAACUCCAAAAAGAAGGUACUAUUCAGGAACUUUCCUCAGAAAGUUUCAAGCGUGUGUACACCCCUAAACCAUCACAAUGAAUUUCAGAGUCCAUUCUUUCAAAACCUGUCCCUCAACUACACUUUAGAUGUGUUUGUUCAACGACACACACACACACAAAGAGAAAAUUCUGGAAGUUCUUCCGCCAAAAACCAAUGACAAUCUGUCAAUGAAAUCAGAUUACUCCAUUAUUAUGGGUUUCCAGCAUAAAUUAGUAAGUGUCACUAGCAUUUCAUCAACCCACAGUGUGAAGAGUUAAUAAAAGACUGGAAAAUGCACUCUCGGUUGGUUCUGGGUCCGAAGGAAGGUGUAGAUCUGAUAUUGUUAACACAAACUGAAGGGCUGAGCUUAAAAGCGAAAAACAAAAGGAGUGAACAAGUUCCUUAAACAAAAAGCCUUUUCGUACGGAAUGCACCCGCACCGUGGUGACCGCAUCAGUAAGACUGAAUUUCAGAUUUUCGUUUUAACGUCCCAGUAAAUCAAUUCUAUACAUUUUAGCUUUGGAUAUUCAAGGGCAAAAGAGAGGGCACCGUGAGGGCAACAAUUUACUCUGGAUCACUUUCAAGGACUGUUGUCUAACCACUCAUUACAAUCGUUCCUUUGUGCAACUGAUUAUCUAAAAGUACUGAGACAGUGUAGUACUUCUCUUUGAAAGAUAACCAUCAGCAAAAGCUAAGAAUGUGAUUUUGAUGACAAACUGAUGCAGCAGUCUGACCAGUAAAGUGUAGAAUGCGUUGUCUUUGUAAAUAUUACUCACAAAUCCAUAUUCAAGUUACAAACGAUGUAUGCGUUUAAUUACGACCUCUGGUACCGCUCUACAAAAAUGCAAAAAUAACCUAAAAGGUUAGCAUGCCUAUUUCUUUAAAGUAUGACUAGCUUAGCAAGCUGGCAAGUUUGUUUGAAAACACAAAACGCAAUCACCACCACCGCUCAAUAAUACACAUACAUAAACAGAUUCGAAGCUGUGUUAAGCACAAAAAU